UUAAUUGUUUUGUUUCUUGUUUUUAAUUUAUCAAAAUGGAACAAUUUAUAGAUGCACAUUAUUUCCACUUGCCAUCGCAAGGUAGUAUUUACACGUUGACGGUGUUAAAUUUGGCAAACGGUUCCAAGAAACUACUUGUUGCUUCCUUAAAAAGGGAAAUUUUUUGUUUCGAGUACCUGGAAUCUCCGAAAAAUUACCUAAUUCCCACCACAAAAGAGGUUUCCUUCACAUACAUACCAAGUGGUGCUGAGAUUAUUUCUAUUGAUGCGUUUAAUAAAUCAUCGACUAAAAAUGAGUUUGUAAUAGGAAUAACGAUUAUAAAGAAUUCAAAUGAAUCAGAUCAAUUGGAAACAUUCUUGAAUAUAUACUCAGAAUGGGAGGAAAGCAAUGAUUUUAACAUUGAAAAUAUAGCGCAGAAUUGUCUUAAUGUUUUGCUAAAUUUUAUUCCAUACAAAUUAUUGCACACCUAUUUAAUAACUUGGAAUGAUAACGAUAUUGUUAGUAAAGAGAUAGUAUUUGUGUUAUCUGGUAGUGAUCACCAAGUCCAUGUUUACAGAGAGAAUGCUUCAGACCAUGAAUAUAAGGAAAUUGAUAAGGAUUUUUUCCCUGAAUUCAUUAAAACCCCAAGUCCUGUUAUUGCUAUUGAUAUUUACCACACAGAAGACUUUAAAGAGAGAAUAACUGCAUAUGCCUGCGAAUGUGGCUAUGUUAAGUUAACAAGAACGUCCACACAAACUAAUAAACUGAUUUACAACUUUUUUACAAGAUUUAAUAACUACAUAUCGUCACUAUGUAUUUAUCCAGAGAAAAACAUAACAAACCAAUUCCAUAAGAAAGAUCUAGAUACAGAAAAACCUGAGAAACCUCACCUGAACCUUUUAGUAACAAAUUCCAUUUUACCAGCAGUUUUAUUUAGAAACGUUCUAAAAUACGGUUUAAGCGACUUUUCAACUUUACCAAGGCAUAAUCAUACAAGCAUUUUGACUUGCUGUGAAGUUGCCAAUGUUAAUUUUGAUGGUGAACCUGAAAUUUUAAUUGGGAAUAGUUCACAGGAGGUAAUGCUUUAUAAGUAUAAAGAAAAAAGAUGGUAUAUACAAGAUCUCAGAAAAUUUUCGAGUCCAAUAAUAAACAUAAGAUAUUCUGAUAUAACAGGGGAUGGUUUAAAAGAACUAGUGGUUUUUUCUAUGAAAGGGGUACAUAUUUUACAACAUGAUUUUAAAAUGGUUGAAAAAGUGUUGGCAGAUAAAAUAGAUAAGUUGACUAUACCACAAAUAAAGUAAAUAUGUUUUUUUGUAUUAGUAAAUGUAAAAGUUGAAAUAAAGAACUUGUAUUUUUUAAA